AGGGGUCAUGUCGCAGCCAUUUUGAGCAGUCAUAUCUUUGACGUCUUGUGAUUCAGUUGAAUCCCAGUGCUCGGUGCUUCUCUUCCCUUCUUUUUGAAAACUAUACUGAGAUUACAUGGUGCUGUUUGGCACAAUAAAACCAAGGAACACAUACGGUGUGUGCAGAGGCCCUCUUGCUAGCGGCCUCAAGAUUGAAGGUCUAAACAAUUUGACGCUCGAGACGAUUUUCUUCAACUUGUGCAGAGCUUGUCAAAUCAAAAGCAUGGCUUCAAUUCCACCCUCCGCGUUCUCUGCUAGUCGCAUCCGCGACACACAGCGUGAUAUGAAGAUAUCUAACAAGACCAAGGGGAACGAAUCUACCAAGUUUUUCAACACUACGUUCAUGGAGUGGUCUCCAUUGAAAUACAACAGCAAGUUGAUGAACAGUAUCUGGGGCCUGUAUAACAGAUAUUCUCCUCAUAACGUGAAGAAAAUCAACGAUGCUCACGACUCCACUGCGGAGUUGCAGCAAUCGGCUGCCAGCUCCAACAAUAAGAAUGAACCAAUGAUCACUUUGCCUUCAGCCAAACUUGAUAAUGUUUGGGCUGCUAUAAACAUGUCAAAACACUGAAUUAUUAUAAUGAAAUAUAUAAUAUAAACAAAAUGUUUAUCUACUUUUUUCAAUACAUUUUUGGUAAAGUUUAAUUUCAAAUGUAAAC